ACAAAUUGGUGACGGAUUCCAGGGACAGGCCGGUGUCGCACGACAGCAAUACACCUGAACUGCAGGAGUUCCCUCUCUGCCCCCCUCCCUGCGUCCCGUCUCCUGAUGUGAACUGCCCGCAGAGUCGGAUUAGUCCUUUUUGGAACGGUUCACAUCCAGCGGACCGCGCCAUCAGACCAGUUGGCAUAAGCAGAUCUUCCCCUGAUUACAUACAUAAACAGAUAUUUCCAUGGAUGAAAGAGACACGACGGAUGGCAAAACAAGCGCUCGAAAAAUCAGGAGAAGCCAGCAGUGUACCCACCAGAGGCACCAGGCAGGGUCUGGAGACGAAAAGCAUGCGCACGUCCUUCACCGACUCGCAGCUGGUGGAGCUGGAGAAGGAGUUCCACUUCACGCGCUACGUGUGCCGUCCGCGGCGCCUGCAGAUCGCCUCACUGCUCAGGCUCUCCGACAGGCAGGUGAAGAUCUGGUUCCAGAACCGCCGCAUGAAGUUCAAGAAGGACUUGCGGUGGAAAGCUUCAGCUGAAGCCCUGCAUGGCAGGGGCUCAUCUGGUCCCCACACCGACAAGGCCCAUCAAAGCCCCACCAUCUGCCCGUUUCAGCAUGGAUCUCCUGCACAUGCUUAUGGAGCGGCUGCUGGACAUGUCCUGGGCUUCCCUGGCUCUCCUCCCUCACAGCGAGGCACUCUUUUAGCCUCCCCACCAAUCAGCAUUCAGCCUUAUCCUCAGACUAACUUCAUAGGCCUGAGUGCAGACAGCUACAGCGACCCCACACCCUACUGCGCCGCAGCCGCUCCAGGAGACACGCCCACUUCCAGCUUCUUGCAGAGGGGAGUUGGAGCCACCAGCUCCGCCCAUCCCAGCGAGCCAUACACCUUCCCCCUGAGUGACCUCAGUGCCUGCUGUGACCUUCAGGACCUCUGACCUCUCGUUCACCUGACUGCUCAAUCUUUUCGAUAAACGUACGCCGUCCGUCCUUUAGUACUACGCCUAAAAUGGCGACAUCGUCAUGAGCUUUCUGGCAUGCAGCUUGCAGGGUGGUUUACCUCAUAAAAACUGUCUUUUUGGCAUGUGAAGUAGCAUGUGUGUUUUCUCUAUGUAUCUAGCCUCUCUCUGGCACCUCUCACCAUUACUCCCUUUGUUACUCCCUCCGUUACUCUCUCUUUUAUCACCACUGUACUCUUUUUGUUACUUCCUCCGUCACUGCUACCCCUGUAGUUGCUCCCUCUGUUACUCCCUCCAUUUCUCCCUCUCUUACUCCCUGUUACCCCCACCGCGACUCCCUCUGUAAUUUCCUCUGUUACUUCUUCCAUUACUCCCUCUAUUACUCCCCUGUUACUCCCAUUGUUACUCCCUCAUCACUCUCUUUGUUGCUCACUCCGUUACCCCUCAAUUAUCCCCACCAUAAUGCCUUGUACUACUCCCUCCUCCAUCACUCACUCCAUUACCUGUGCUGUUACUCCCUCCAUUACUCCCACUGUUACUCCUUCAUUAUUAGGGCUGUUGACCCCUGAUACAGUUUAAAAACAAAUGUGCUGUAAUGUUGCAUAUGCACAAGUACUUUACAACAUUUGCAGAUGGCUGAGUUUGCAUGGAGCCAUUUUACCAGAUUUUUUAAAGAUCUGUUUUAUGACAAAUGUAAUAUAUUAUUGUACAGCUGACAUCUUUGGAGUGUGUUUGGCAGGAAUUUUUAAUGGAACAGAAUAACAUUUUUAGGCAAUUAGCAUUUUGUCUGGUUUACUUAAUUGAUAUUAUCAAAUUUAUAAUAUAAAAAUUAAAUAAAUU